UACUCUCGAAGCAGGAAGUUUCAGCACUGACUGAAGCUGUGAGAUCGAAGCAAGCCAGCAGAGAGGAAGCUGCUGGACUGUUAUCCUGUUCUGCGUUUCUUUACAGAACACCUGGGCACAGAUGCCUAGCAGGAGAGACUUGUCCUAGCUUUUUAAGAGAGGCCAAACUAUCUUCCCCUUUUCUGUGAGGAAAAUCUGCUUCCUGCACAUGGAAGAAAACUGCUAGUCACCACAUCUGGAAAUAUCAAAUACUAGUCAGUCAUAUACUAACCCAAGGGGGAUCAUGGCCCUAGUCCGGCUGUUCUACUCCCUCGCUGUGCUGCUCCAAUUGGCUCUGUCUGUGGACCAUGUACCUAUGCUGCUCUGGUCAACUCACAGCACCUGAAGUUGAUGGCAGUCUCUCUGGUGGCUUCAUUGUGCCCUUAAACAGCUUUUAGUCUACUGGUGAAGUUUCCAGUCUCUAUUUUUGUGGCAGUCCAUGUACUCACAAACACAUGCUCACUGUGGAACUCUGAAGCUACUUUACAUGAGGGACACAUUAUCUCAAAGCAGGAGCUGCAUAUGCUACUGCAGCCUGUGUUUACCCAGGAUUCCAAGAACCUUGUCUUGUUCCUUCAAGAUACGCUUAGCAUUGAUGACUUCACGCAUUGCAGUGAAUCUUAUAAAAAUGAGAAGCCAUUUCACAAUGUUCAGGAACUCCUUGAGUCUUCAUCAUCCUCUUUAGUUUUAUCAGCUGUUGACUGUCAGGCUACCAGUCACCUUUUGGAUUAUCUUCAAGAAUCAAUGGAUUGGAAGCUAACAGACAUAGAUGAGUUUGUGGUAUCUAAGAUGGAAGUAGACACAUCCAAGCCCAACAUAUUUGUGGUAAAGCUACAGCCAAUCAGCAGAUUAAAUGAUAUUUCUACCGCAAAGGCUUUCGCUGCAAAUGACAAAAUAAUUGGAAGACUGACUAUGAUUCUGCAAGAACAAGGAAUUCAGUUUUCAGUAAUUUACACUGCAAUGAGACCUUCAAGGAUUCCCAGAAGACCCGAUGUAGUGUUGGAAUCAAGACGGCGACUCAUGGCCACUGAAGCACAAGUGACAGAUGAAUACUAUCCACUGAAUGUGACCAAUGGAACUAACACAUGCAUCCUUUUUUAUGCCAGUAAUUUCAGCCUCACAGUCAACAAAUCAGUUCCUGUGGAUUUGACAAAUUUAACAUUUGUGUCCCGUAAGGUGGACUUCAGUUCAUCUGUUUGUUCAGCCACCAAUGCAACGUUAUCGUUGAACUAUACUGGGUUAGUGGCUGGAAUCAAUAACCUAAAAAUAAGAUUUCUAAUGACAAACAAGUUCUAUGCAGGCUCUGCUCGAAAAUGGUUUACUUUAGAUUCUGUUGAGAUUGCACAUGACAACCAAGUGGUCGCUAGAUUUAAUGUCUCCACCAUCUCUGCUCCUGCGGAGUAUUCAUUUCAUUGUCAGCUGGUGGGGACCAGCAGUCUCUGUGGGGCUAAGCUGAUUCCAGCCAACAGUGGAGCAAAGAGCUGGGAGGUUUACCUUUCAGAGUUCCAGAUUCAAGGCUUCAAUAUUAAUAAUAACCAGUUUUCCUACGCAAGCGACUGUACAUCUUUCUUCUCCCCUGGAAUCUGGAUGGGCUUGGUGACGUCAAUAGUUUUAUUAUGGAUCCUGACCUAUGGAAUCCACAUGAUCAUGCAGCUCACAACAAACAGUAGAUUUGAUGAUCCCAAAGGCCAAGCUCUGUCAGUUCCUCAAACAGAGUAGCAAUGGAUUGUUUUGACAUUACUUAAAUGUUUCUUAUUAGUAAGAUUACGGUUUUGUCAUGGUUAUUUUUAGUAAAUGUCAGGGACAGGUCACGGGCAAUAAACAAACAUUCACACAAGCCCACGAUCUGUCGGUGACUUUUACUAAACAUAAGGGGUGGGGGCUGACUGCUGGGGGGGGCAGACAGCCCAAGCCCACCAUCAGGGGAGGAGGGGGGCUGAAGCUGGAGAAGUCAGAGAGGUUUGUUAAAAUCAUGGACUCCGUGCCCUCCAUGAGUAAAUUAUAUCCUUACUUAUUAGUGAUGUAUGAUUUUUAUGUUCUUUCCACUUUAUAGUGAAUAUACCCUAAGCAGUUAGUGUAACAGAAAGGUUUAGUAAAACUCCACAAAUAUGGACAACGAAAUCCUUCCUGAGAAAGGGAACCUUAUUCUUGGCAACACUGAUAAUUCUGCCAGCUGUUACCCAUUUGUUCACAGUUGUCUGAGUUAGUCUACACUGAGAUUAAAAAGCCACUGGCAUAGAAUCUCAGAGCCCAGGUCAGCUGACUCAGGCUUGCAGGGCUCAGGGCUAAAAGUUGCAGUGUAGAUGAUUGGACUUAGGAAUCAUAGAAUAUCAGAGUUGGAAGG